AUGAACGAGAGUGCAGGUAUUGCUCACCACGAGGGUAGCUUGUUUAUAACUUCUGGUACAGCACUGCACGAGUACGCGGAUAACGGAAGAUGGAUCCGCCAAAUGUACGAGGAUACUUCACAACUUAGAACAGUAUGGAAGUGUGUUGUGAGUCCUGCUGGGGACAAGGUGUACAUUUCUCAACCCUCCCUGCACAAGCUCAUUACCUUGGACAUGAAUGGUACAAUAUUAGCUACAUUUUACGACCCUGGGUUAUUACGGCCAUGGGGUGUAUGUGUGGCACCGAAAGGUCAAAUAAUAGUGUGUGGAGACGCAUCAGACACAGUUUUGCUAGUGGACAGUGACGGCAAGAAAAAGCUAGCCACUCUAGCUACAUUCAGCAAUGGAUUGCGGUGGCCAUGGUCAGUCUACUACACAAAGCACACAGACACCAUCCUUGUUGGGCAAUGGUACGACACAAUUGUGGUGCUCAAAAUAAAGACGGAACCUGGUGCACUGAUUGCCCCUAAGAUUGAGUCUCCAACUGAUGCACUGAUUGCCCCAAAGAUUGAGUCUCCAACUGAUGCACUGAUUGCCCCAAAGAUUGAGUCUCCAACUGAUGCACUAAUUGCCCCAAAGAUCCAGUCUCCAACUGAUGCACUGAUUGCCCCAAAGAUCGAGUCUCCAACUGAUGCACUGAUUGCCCCAAAGAUCCAGUCUCCAACUGAUGCACUGAUUGUCCCAAAGAUCGAGUCUCCAAUUGAUGCACUAAUUGCCCCAAAGAUCGAGUCCCCAACUGAUGCACUGAUUGACCCAAAGAUCGAGUCUCCAACUGAUGCACUGAUUGACCCAAAGAUCGAAUCUCCAACUGAUCCACUGAUUGCCCCAAAGAUCGAGUCUCCAACUGAUGCACUGAUUGCCCCAAAGAUCGAGUCUCCAACUGAUGCACUAAUUGCCCCAAAGAUCCAGUCUCCAACUGAUGCACUGAUUGCCCCAAAGAUCGAGUCUCCAACUGAUGCACUGAUUGCCCCAAAGAUCGAGUCUCCAACUGAUGCACUGAUUGCCCCAAAGAUCGAGUCUCCAAUGACAAGAGACAUAAAAGGAUUGUAUGAAAUAUUACAAAUCGACGUCAUGGUCGAAUGUAGAUCGGACCUAUUCCCUUUAUUCAAACGUGGUUGUGGAGCUCUACAGGGUAUUGUUACCCGAGGAAAAAGCAUUCUUGAAAGACCUGUUUUUAGUGAGAAAGAGAGCCAGAUGGUAAGCACACGAUCAGUUUACGUAUACACCACUUCUGCCUUGAUGGAAGACUUGAAAGCGGAUUGCCAAGAGCACUUAUCUCCUGUAAAAGAUUUCAAUUUGCAAGAGCUAAGAAUUAUCUUUCCUGCAUUACUGAUUGUUACCAAGGACCAGCAUGACAAGAUUAAAAAAAGUUUCAGCAGCAUAAAUGAAGACAUCACUAGUUUGGGUGUGCUGUUUGUUGACAAAGAACAAAAUACAAAAGACAUUUCCCAACAAGAUACCACAGACAGUUCCGAAAAAGUUACAAAGGACAUUUCCGAAAAAGAUACAAAUGACCUUUUCAAAAAACUUGGAGUACUUCAAAGCGUGGCAGCACAAUCCCAUAUCAUGGUUACUGCAGAUCAUCUACUUGAGCGAGCGAUAUUUGCAGUUUUAAAGAAUCUUAUGGAAAAGUGUUUAAAUACAUAUGGAUCACCCAAAGAUAUGCCUGACAGUGAGAAGAAAAAAACAUGGCAGAGUAUUUAUACAUACGCACGGACAGCAUACAAGAGAUGUAAAGUUCCGACAUUUGAAAGACUUACCUUGCCCGAAAUUACUUAUAAAUACCCGGAAAAUAUUGACAAUGUUCUCAGAAGUGUUCUAAAAAUUAAAGGGGUGCUUGGUUGCUCGAAGGAUAUUGGAUAUCUUGAAGUUCUUAUAGACAACGAACAAGAUAUUGAUGAAACCACACGUAGAAUACAAGAGCUACUUGAAAAUACAGACGUAAAAUGCAAAAUGAGUUAUGGGAAGUUCCGAAAAUUUCUUUCCAGCGGAGAGGGAGUUUUUAACGGAACAAUGGGAGGUUUUGCACAGAAGUUUGCUGACCCUGAAAACUCGAACCUAGUUGCUCUCAUCUCUCGACAUGUUGCGAUGGCUAACAUCCAAGACUCAACUGUUUUUCUUAACGUUGAUAAUAUGAUAAUGGGUGGAAGACAGAUUAUUCCUGAGGAACCUGAAGUUGAUAUUUUCCCAAUUGACGUAUAUACCGGUUUUUUACAACAGUGCAAUACUCGAUUUAGAACUGAAGACGGAAUGCAGCUUUUGCAUGGAAAACUACUUCAACUGGAAGAUGUUGAAAAUUGGAUAGGAGAACCUGUGUAUAUAUGGGGAGCGCAAACUUCUCCUGGUUUAGGAACUCUUGCAGAAAUAAAUAUGGACGUACCUAAUGGGUUUGGGAUAAAGAUUCACGAUCGCAAUUAUGGUCAUUCAUUCUGCAUAGAUGGUGACAGCGGCGCUAUGGUGUGUGCUACUGACAGUAGUGAUGGCACUGAGACGUUGUAUGCUAUUGCAAUGGUCGUAGGAAAAUUUAUUCUGCAAGAUCCACAUCAACCAGAAAUAUAUAAUGCUUGUCUUCUUAGUGAAGCCUUCAAGCAGUUUGAGAACUCAUAUGGAUCAGCAUUUGAGUUAUGCAGUGAUGAUGCUUAAUAUACUUUGAAGGGAUAUGCUAAUUUCAUAAAACGUGUUAACCUAACACAACAUUUCGUUGACAUUCAAAAUUAUGUUGUGUUAAUAUAAACAGUCAUAUAUUUGUCAUGUAAAUUUUGUUUAUGUUCCCUAAACUUGCACUUGCCUAUUUAUUCGUGCUUUUGUAACAAUGUGUGCGCUGUGUUGUGUGUUGUAAUCCAAUAAUCAAAUACAUGCAGUUGUUAAAAGUGUGUAAUCCCACCAAGCUUUUGAAGCCGUUGGAGUGGUAACAUUUAAAGAAACAAAUGUAUACGUUUUUUACUUAAAAAACAUUCCUACUACUUUUCGAACUUUACUGCAAGAUAAGAAACAUAUAUAUAUAUUCAAAAAUGGUAUCAUUUGGCGAAUACCAAAAUGUUAUAAUAUUUCAGUUUUGUUAUAAAAUUAUAUUUAUCUUUCUGAAAUAAACAUAGUGCAGCUAAUACCAUUCGCAUUCUAUAAUAUACUUUUAUUUG